AAGGGAGGUGGGGGGGUCAUUAUUCUCACCAGAGGGCGGAGCAAAAGGGAGGUGAAGAAAGCGGAUGAAACUCGUAUUGACAUGCUGGUCUGAAGGCUCCUGUGAGCACAGACAUGGAUGGUGUGUUGGAAGGAGCGACUGUGUUGUGUGUCUGUAAACUGGCCGCCAGUCUUGUCUUCCUGCCUUCUGUCAGUGCCUCCUUCAGCCCUGUCAGCUACUGCUGCUGCUGCCUCCUCAUCUUCACUGACUUCCUGGUCACAGUUUAUCUGGGUUUGUUUUGGCUCUCUGAGUUGUGGUUAACUGAGCUGACCCCAGUGGGUGACAUCAUCGCCCUUCGCUUCCUGCUCUUCAUCAGCCACACAUACGGUGCGGUGCUGCUCCUGACCACACCUCUGAUCGCCGUGGAGACUCUGGUCAGACUGCUGUGGCACCAGGACAUCAGUCGAGAGGUCGCGGGCUCCGAUGGACAGCAUGUUGAGGAGGUAAAGGCUGAAGAGGAAGAGGAAGGUGAUGUGGACAAACAGAGGGGGCUGUCUCAUGUCAUCAGCUACCUCUGCUGCCUGUCAGUGUGGGUCGUCGUCGCCCUCAAUGUCAGGUGGCGAUGGAAACUGGAGGAAGUGUGGACUGCUGCCUGUUUGCACACAACCAACUCCCUCAUCAGAUGUUUGCCCAACAUGUUCAGCCCCAUGCUCAGCGUUGUAAACCCCUGCUGGGUCAUGGUCUUCCUCUACCUCCUCCUCCUCAUUGUAACCACAAGCACAGGCCUGCACGGUCGACAGCAAGCUGCACAGACAACAGAGACACACUCAGAGAAACAGGCAACUAAAAAAUACAGUAACAGUUGCUGGCCAGACUUGGUUCCACCUCUGUCUGCAGCCUCCAAGCCUGUGAGCGCUGGGAUGUCAGUGCCAGAGCUUGCACAGUCUGUUGACCCAGGGAAAACAGAGAGCAGCUGCAGCGUUCACAGUGCAUAUUCCUGGAACAGCAUGCAGAUGUCGGCACGUCUCCAUGGAGAUUUUGGUCUCCACUCCCCCGGGUGUUUGUCUGUGGAGAGGGCUGGACAUGAGCAUCAAAGUACAAAGACCGCCACACCUUUGACAUUUAUCAAUGAGGAACUUGUGGACUCACAAUACGGAAGCCUGUGUGGGUGGCGACAGUGGGGUUUUCCCUGCCUGGGGGUGAAUGUAAUGACAGGGUGUAUGUGUGUGCUCUCUAUCUUUGUGCUCCCCCUGAACCUCAGUGUCAAUAUUGUUCUGAUCAGGACUAUAGAGACUCUAAUGGAGCUGUGUGUGAAAACUUUAGUGUCAUUAGGAAACACAAGCAGCAAGUUCAUGUCUCACAAUGAAGCAGUUGUAUAAAACCAGACCGGGGAAUUACAAAAGCAUGAUCAGGGAGCAUUUGCAACACGAUCACUAGAUUACAGUAGUGUGUGCAGUGUGCAGACAGAGGUCUACCUGUCAGUGCCUGUUGAAUUGAGUGUAAAUAUGCAUUUCUGAGUAGCUAUUCACAUGUGACGAGUAAUAUGUGGAAACAGAUGAAAGGUGCUGAGGAGGCAGGUUGAAACGUGCUUGUUAAGACUCUUGACAUGAGUGAAACAGAUAACUGGACAGCCUGUUUUAACAUAUCUACAGUGAUUUGUCAUCACACAAUGGCUUACUAUCUAGUUUGAAUAAGAUUUAUCCAGGGCAAACACUGUUUUGAAUGUGGUAGGAUGAAGUGUGCUGAUGCAGCAGCACAUGGACCCUGCAUGAAGCAAUAUCCGAUUAUAAAUAAAGGACUUUAGGGUGUAUCAUAGAUGUAGUUUUGUCAACAAUACAUAGUGCAUAACUGGAGAACUUUAACACAAUACCUCUGCGCCCAGAUGUAAGAGUUUGACAUGGACUUAUAAUAUCUGCCCUGAACCAAGUAAUGUUAUCACUGACAGGUGAGCAGAUAUGGACACCAGAGGGCACUCCAGUACUGCAGCAGCAGCUCACACAUGGGUAUCCUAGACCUUGAAGCUCCUGACAUGCUUGAUAGAAGAGCUUCAGGAUGUAACAUGAGAAGGAUAAAAAAAAGGAUUCAGCAAACAAAGAAGACAUUUUAGCUUGUGUUACGUUUGAUGGGGCUGCAGGGUGAACGCUGACAGAACCAGGAGCUGCAGACCUUUUUCCUUCAGAGAGCAGAAGCCUGUGCUGACAAAUACUGACACUACAGAAACACCAACACUGAAUUUAUACAAAGCUCAACAAGGCAAUAGAAGGCACAUUUGUUCAUCUUAUGUUAAAAUAUAUGGAAUCACUCUUAAUGUCUCAACAUGUCCUGAAGCAAAUUAAGUCUUCACAACUUAAACAUCACAUUUUCUAGGUCUUUCUGCUUAGUCUGAAGGACAAGUAGUUGAACAGUGAAAAGUUUAAUGAGUGAAUUCAUUAAUUUAGUGUCUUUGAGGAUUUUAUUUGAAAGUCAAGUAUGAUGACAUUAAGAGGAAAUGUGUGCGUUGCUGUAGGUUUCCUCACUCUGGGUGUUAUUACUAUUCGCUGCAGAUACUCAGAUGUGGAAAUGAUAGAAGAAUAUCAAGAACAGGUACAUCAGUACAAGACAGCAUUUUCUUUGGAAUGUUGUUAAAUUUUAUUGUGUUAACAGCACACCCACAAGUGAUUUAACUGCUCCUAGUGGGAUGAGUAAUCAUCUGAUUCACCGACCAGUGACUUCUUUGUGGUGCAGUUCUUUUUUCUUUCAGUUUCACAGGUGGGAUGAGUCUCACGUUUGCAAUUUUGCACUAGAUGCACAAUAUGUGAUUCAUUUUAAAGGUGUAACAGUUAGAUUUUUUUGUCAUACAAAAAUCCAAGAUGUUAGAGCAGAAUCCUGAUGGUAUUUCUGUAAUUAUUCUCCAGGUUGGUCUUUUUUU